UUGAGUCUCGGCUAUAACACUCCAGAGCCCAGCACAAUGCGUGUCAGAGAUCUGUCUGUGCGACACUACACUACAUGUCUGCUCCUAAUCUAGUUUAUCACUGAACUGCGAGAGAGAUUCGAGAAAACACGACUCACACCACAACCUCAGUCAACGCGAGGCUUUCCAAGUGUGGGAUAAAAUGCCGGCGAUUGUAAGUAAAAAUUCCGACAUGGAGUUCGACUCUCUACAACCCUGCUUCUACCCGGGUGAGGAUGACUUCUAUUUCUGCGGUCCCGACUCUGCGCCACCCGGAGAGGACAUCUGGAAGAAAUUCGAGUUGCUGCCCACGCCGCCCCUCUCCCCGAGCCGAGCGGCGCUACCGGGGGAGCUGGCCUUUGCGUCCGGGGGGGACAGGGGCGACUCGGCAGCAGGUUCCAUGGGUUUUGGAUUAGGCGACCCGCUGGGCUGCGACUGGGCUUCAGAGCUCCUGUUCCUGCCCGAAGACGAUAUUUGGGGCGCGUCGGACGGAGACCUGUUCGGCGGCUGCUCCGCUUUGGAUAGUAACCCCAACUCCAUUAUCAUUCAGGACUGUAUGUGGAGCGGCUUCUCGGCCAGGGAAAAGCUCCAGAGGGUGGUCACAGAGAAGCUAGGCAAAGCCAUCUCCACCGCGACUGCCUGUGGAGUUAGUAAAAAUGUCACUACCGCCGCCGCCAUCACAACCAAGGCGCCGGAGCUGAGUGUGGACCCGACAAUAGUCUUCCCUUUCCCCAUCAACAAAAGAAACGGUAGCAGCAGCAGCAGAUGUCCACCUGGGACGGCCCCCGCCACUACUGCCCACUGUAGCGCAGAGGAAACUCCGAGCGACUCCGAAGAAGAUGAUGAAGAUGAUGACGAAGAGGAGGAGGAAGAGGAGGAGGACGAUGACGACUCAGACGGCGAAGAGAUCGAUGUGGUCACUGUGGAGAAGCGGCGUGGCUUGUCGCCCAUGGCGACUGGCACGGUCACCAUCUCGGUGCGGUCGAAGACGGGCACCGCUUCAGGGGCCGUGGCCUCAUCUGGUGUCGUGAGCCGAUUCGUCAGCAACCGGGGGUCUGCGGGGUCAAACUGUCACGGGCAGGAGUUGAUCCUCAAGCGGAGCUCGGUCCACCAGCAGCAGCACAACUACGCCGCUCCCUCGCCGUACGCCUCUGACGACGACCACGCGCCCCCCUCCAAGAAACACAAGUCCUCUAAUGCUCCUCGUCAAUACUCCCGUGCCCCCUCUUCAUCAUCGCCAUCAUCCUCGACAUUCUGCGGCUCCCUGACUGUGCCAUCAUCAACAAUGCUGGGUUCUAGAUCCAAACGCCACACCAGCGGUGCCAGUAGCCCACGCGGCGGCUCCUCCGGUAACUCCGACUCCGAAGACUCCGAACGGCGGCGAAACCACAACAUCCUGGAACGCCAGCGGCGCAACGACCUGCGCUCAAGUUUCCUCACGCUCCGCGAUCAUGUGCCCGAGCUGGCGAGGAACGAGAAGGCGGCCAAGGUGCUGAUCUUGAAGAAAGCGGCGGAGUAUGUGUCGUCGCUGGAAACGGACGAACUGCAGCUGACUCAGGAGAAGGAUAGGCUGCAGGCGCGGAGGCAACAGCUGAUGAAGCGACUCGAGCAGGCCAGGACUUGCUAAGACUUUUUAGUGGCACAUGACGCAUACAUAUACACACAGACAUAGACACACACACACACACACACACACACACAUAUAUAUACACACAGACAUAGACACACACACAUAUAUAAAAAAUGCUUUUCUUAAAACUGCAUUGUUGGUUAAGGGCUUGUAAGUAAGCAUUUCACUGUAAGGUUGUAUUCGGUAAUACCUGUUGUAUUCGGCGCAUGUAACAAAUAAAAUUUGAUUUGAUUUGAUAUAUUUGAUAUAUACACACGGACAUAAACACACACACACACACACACACACACACACACACACACACACACAUAUAUAUACACUCAGACACACCCAGAUGACCCCCCUCCCCCUCGCUUUGUCUCAACUUAUAUAUAUGUAUAUACACACACACACACACACCGCGCACACACACACACACAAACAUGUGAGCGACAAAUGACGGGGUGGACGGGACAUUCACUGACGCCACUUUUUUUGCACAUUUGUUGACGUUAAGAAUGUUUAGGGUUCUACGUUUUUCAAUCCGGUCACAUUGAGAAGAAGGAAAGAAGAGAAUAGAACGAGGGAGGAGAAGGAAAGAAGAGAGGGAGCACGCUCCUCUUGGUCCUAUCUCUAUUUCUUCUUGUUUCUUGUUGUACUCAAUGUGACACUUACAGCCCUAACCCAAACCAGGUGACUUUCAAAGGGGUCAUGUUCAUGAGGGCACAUCGUGGCAAAAUGUUUUGCAACGGAAAGUGAAAAUAAGCAUUUCUCAAUGGACACGAUCAGGUAUUCCCUCUCUGUUUCAGUCCGUUUUGCUCCAUUGUGUGCCUAAUGAAUACACACUGGGCAUAGCGUCAGAGCUGGUUGGAGAGUUCAAAGUUCACACUUAGUAGCAGAAAAUGCUUUCUACGCCUUCACCACUGCAAACGGAAGACACUAGUACACCAGGAAACCACGGUAUAAUGUGCACCUUGCUAGCCGACACUUUUGUAAAUAACAGUACUGUAAAUAACAGACAAAUACACUCAGAAUCUGCCUUGUUUUAUAUACAUUUUUAUCUUUGAGUUUUUAUACAUUUUAUGUCCAAAAGCUGCCAAUAACUAGACUGGAAACUUUAUUAAAAAAGUACUGCAAUGCCUCGAGGGCAACAAAACUUUGUAAUAUAAAAGUUUUUUUUUCUCUUCCUGCUUUGUAUUGUACAAUGAUUCUAAUUCUAUACCUUUAUUACCCUUUAGUGUGACUGUGAUACAUACUAAAUUUGAUAGUUAUAUUUUCGUACGGAAAAUGAGUUCUCGGUAGAUAUCUCUUUAUCGCGUCCUUUUUUCUUCCUCUAUCAAAAAUUUCUCUUUAUUUCUCUCCAUUUGUUUAAAUAUUUGUAACUGUCGGGUGCAUAGAACUUUCUGGGUGAACGGAUAUAAGAUGUAUUUUUUUUCAUUCAUAUAAUUUACAUGUAGUGCUCCAACUCAGCACUUUGAAAUACCUCAUUUUGACAAAUAAAUAGACAUUGAAAAUAAA